AACCUAACCAUACCUAACCUAACACGAUAUUAAUAGCCUUUAAGGUCUCUCUCCAACCCUUUCUAAUAGUUAGUAACAAAUUUAAGAAUGAGCACCGCCAACUAAUCGGUGGAGAAUAACGUUUAUCAUGUAUGAGUCCAUCGGCCGGAUUCAUUGAACUCGUCCAAUGACAUGAUAACAUGGGCCAGGCCAUGGCCCGGGCCAUGGGGAAUGAAAGUAUACGAACAUAGAGCUAGCUAGUGCAGUGUAAUACAGUAAUAUGCAUACAGUAGUAUAGAAGUAUACUAUGAAUGCAUGAACAGUAAAAGGAUAACGCAGAGGAAAAGAAAAGAUUGGGCGUCCAUCAAGCGUGGUCAUGUUUUUUCAUGCUGGUCUACCCUUGUUGUUCAUUUAGGCUUAACAAAAAGACCUUAUUACCCCCAAUUGAUGCGACCAUAAUGCACCAAGAUGCAGGUUCGCCCUGGCCACAGCUUUGUUGAAGCUCAAGAAGACGCAAUUUUCAACGUAUGCCUGCCAGCCCUUAUAUCUUGACUAAUCAAUCGGACGAAAGUUGGCAUUGGUUUGAGAAGUUUGAAACCAAAGACUCGCCAAGAUAAUGAUAUGUAAAGCUGAAUUUUGAACACUUGACGUCUAUUACUAAAUUGGGAAGGCCAAAGAUAUUUCACCUUUGGUUGAGAAGCAAGUGAAAACAAAACUGAAAAGAGAGAGUUUCAAGUCCAAAGAGACAAGCUAAGCUGGCGUUUAAGAAGGUGCUUUUCAAAUUCGUACUGCUUUGAAAAAGAGGUUUGAAUAUACCUUCUUUUUUAUUGCAUGUGCACCUUCUGUUACACUUUUUUGGCCUUUUUGAACCAUCUUCUGCACCUUUUAGGCUUAUAUUUUGCACCUUUUUGUCUCUAAAAGCCUUUGCUGUUCUGCACAUUGCACGUUUUACGCGUCUCUACUCAUAACUAUUCGUUCAUUUAUGUUCAACGCCCAUCUAUGACCCUGGCAAUCGAGUGACCAAUGACCACGGUAGGCAGGCUAUAUGAAUGAUGGGACUUGGGAUGGCACACUGGGGAAUGUCGUUGAUUUUCCGUCUAUCUGGACGAUCUGGACUUCCAAGGUGACAAUCACGGUAAACUCUUUAUCAAGAGUGAUAUAUGGCCACCCUGCACUAGUUGCCUUAGCCAAAGUAAAUCAUGCAGAAUGUAAAUAAAUAAAUACACACAUGUCCACCCACCCAAAUCAAGAGCCAAGUUAGCAGAUGUACAAAUGACACCGGCAGUAGAAUGACGGCAUCCUUAGCUAACUGCCAGCGAAGUUAUCGCUUAGGCGAUGAGCCCGCCCUCGUGCCCAACUCGUUUCAAAUCAAACUUUUGGGCCUACCCUCGUCGUCUUCAACGUGGGACUAUCUGGCUCCCAUCUGGUCCCAACUCAUGGAAGAGGUGGGCUUUGUCCAGGUCCAGCCCAUCGCUCCGCCCUCAGGCGCGGUCGCCGCCCGGACCAGUUUGGCUAGUGAGCGAUUUCGAUUGCCCGAAGUGGAUUGCCCGGUCCAGGUGCAAUGGAUGGCCUUGGGUCCCACCCUCAUGGUUCACGGCACUUACCAGGCAUUGAGCAGAUCGCUGACAUUUUCCUGGCAGUGGCCGCCGGGUUUGGCCGUGGUGACCUUGACACCCCUUGGACCGAGGUUUCGAAAGCUAGAUGAGCUCAGUCGCGCGUUCAAGAAUGCCAUUGCCUGGCCUUUGUUAAUCACGUGUCGAUCGGAUUUACGGCUGCCAUUGCCGCCGCACACGUGGGCGAACUUGCCCCCCGAAAUCAUUUGGGCCGUGCUUCGGUAUUUGGACUGGCAAUCGGUGGGCCGCUGGGAACAAACUUGCCGCCGAUCUCGGGACUUUGCGUUGGACGCCAAUAUCUGGGCCCAUCUUUUUACCAGGGAUUUUCCGAACAAAAAACGGCCGGCGACCUCAACUCCAGUCCAAUGGAAGCAGGCUUACAGGAAGGCCCGUCAAUGAGUCCGGGCAGAACUAAAACAUGUGAUAAACUAAUAAUAUAACACCCAGGUUGGACUGGA